GGGAGGUGGAACUUUACAGGCUGGUAGAAAAAGAUAAUCUUGGAAAGAAUGCCCUUGAAGGGGAUGUGAGGACCCCGCCCCUUCAUCUCUCUUUGCUUCCUGACUGCAGUGGGGUGAGCAGUGUCUUCUGCCCCUACCACUGGGUACUGUACCACCACUACAGGUACAAAGUAAUGAGGUCAGUGAUCACAGCCCGAGCACGACCAAAUGAUCUAAAUCUUUUAACUUGAUCUUAUUUUGCCAGUGACAUAAAGCUGAGUAACAUACAGAAGUAUCUUUCCCCAUCUUUCAGUCAUCUCUAGAUUAUUUAUAAUGUUAAUACGAUGUAAAUACUAUGUAAAUCAUUGCUCUACCAUACGUUUGGGGAUUAAUGACAAGAAGCCUGUACAAGAUAAGCACAGAUGUGAGUUUUAUUUUUUUUUUCCUUCAAUAUUUAUGAGGCUGGUUGAAUCAAAUAGAGAUCUAUUAUAUAUCUGUAUAUAUAUAUAUAUAAGUCAAUAUUCAUAGAUAAAAUAGAAUAUUAAGAAUCAAAUUAAUGGCUAGUAUGUGUAGUUUAAAGCUCACCUUCAUUCUCAUCCUGCAUUACCUGUUCUCACUCUUUUUUAUAUAGUACUCAUAUGACUUUGGCUACUGUACCUUCUUUUAAAAGAUUUGUUAAAUUUUAUGUAUAUCAAUGAGUGCUCCAUUGGCAUGUAUGCUUUUAUGCCAUAGGAGGGCAUCAGAUCCCACUAUAGAGUCACCACCAUGUGGUUGCUGAGAAUUAAACUCAAGACCUCUGGAAGAGUAGCCAGUGCUGAACCACUGAACCAUCUCUCCAGUCCCCACUGUACCUUCUUUUGAUAACUUCAAAAAUAAUUCUCUUCAUACAGAAAUACACAUAAUGAAUUUAUAUUGGCCAUUUCACCACAUUUUUCUGUGAAUUAUAUUAAUUUAAAUACACCCCCUCUACUGUUGAGUCUUUUCAUAAUGGUUCAGGACAUUGUCGUCUGUUUGUCUGUCUCCUGUCAUACCAAAGUACUGAAAUCAGUUAGGUGUAAGCAUCAACAGCUAUACAAACCCCAGUACUUAACUGUGGCAGUGAUCCACUGUUUUUAUAUACUACGGUGACUUCACAAUAACCACCACCUCUUCUAUUUCUCUGAAUUCCGAUAUCCUUCUUCUGAGUGGGAAAGGGGAAUGAAAACUGUCCAACUCUGACACACUGACCAAGGUGGCCUGUAGUGGGUGAAAACCAACAGCCACCUGGAGUGGAGGAAAAUAGGGCCAGUAACCCCAGCACAAGGUCAGAAACAAAGCAGGACAUUUAAUUUCGGCACUCAUGAGAGAUAAAAAGAAGCAAAAGUGAACUUCAGGUAGUACAUCUCAGAUGGAAGAAUCGGGAAAGUGUAAUCUAAAGGUGUAAAACACCUCCAACUGGGAACUGGACACUUCAAUAAUUUACAGUAAUAAUAACUAUCUAAUAAAACAAGCUAGAUUUUAAUUUCCUAUCAUCUAUUUUCAGACCACAAAAAGAAGGUAAAACCAUAGGGGAUAAUGAUAAUCUUGACUGUAAUUCUCAAAAGCAGUAAGAAAUAAAGAGAAGAAUCAAAAGAAGUAGGAAAGACAAAGGCAAAGAAGACAUAAGUCUGAGAUGCUACCACUGAUCUUCAACAAGAAGGUGGAAAUUUUAUUAAUUUUGACAGUGACAGAAUAGCAAUUUUAUCUAUCUAUCUAUCUAUCUAUCUAUCUAUCUAUCUAUCUAUCUAUCUAUCUAUCUGGCUGCUGUUUCUUAUAUGAGAACAAUUCAGCUGGCAAUCUAUAUGGAAUAAAUGAAGCGAUCAAAAACUUUCAUUCAAACGGGUUAUUCUAUCCUCUAUGACUGUAAGACAAUCAAUGGUAGAUUACUUGAUCAAUGGGCUCAGUACUUGAAAGACUAAAUGAGAACAAAAUGUUGCUGCUGAGGCUGCCAAGUGAAUGAAGACCUCUAUGCAAAACACGGAAUAUUUAUUUAAUAUUACAAAAAGCAAUGUCACCAGUGUAUUUUCUACGGGUGUAGUCACUGUACUGAAUAUUUUAAAAAUAUUUUCUUACUUUCACUUAUGUGUAUAUGUGUAGAUGAGUAGGUAUGUGUAGUUGCAUGCGUAUAGGUGCCCAUAGAAGCCAGAAGAGAAUACUGGAUUGCCUGUAGCUAAAGUUGUAGGUGAGGUGCUGGGAACCAAACUUAAGUCCUCUAUAAGAGUAGUAAGGGCUCUUAAUGCUGAACAAUCUCUCCAAAUCCCUCACUGACAAUUAUACAUGGUGGAGAGAACUUCAGUUAACUGUGUUCUUCAAACUUAUUCACUUAAGACCUGCCUCAUGAGCAAAACUCCACAACAACAACAACAACAACAACACUAAAGACAGUCAAAGAAAAUAAUGUAGGGAAAACAGAUUUACUAUUAGCAGGCCUCAAAUAGAUGUCCCCCUUUGUAGUCAAUGACUUGUGAAGUUAGUCACCACACAGGUCCUUCCUCCUGAGAAAACUCAACAGUAGUUUGCUAACAGUGCCCAGGACACUGACCCAGAGGCUCUCCUUCAGUGUCAGCACAGCACACCACUUCCUUCCACACCCCAGAGAGACAGUACAGUUUUAACAGGCAGCACCUACCCACUCACGAAUAGUCUAAGGUUCUGCUUAGAAAAGUCAGGCUUCUGCCACUCACUAGUAGUCCAUAUGCCUGCAGACAGUAUCUCCAAUCUCAAAAACUGAAAAAGGAGAGGUAUCCUUUCCUUGUCUGAUUGGAGUCAACGACAGUAUGUUUGAAAAAGAUCCUCUCAGUCUUUCUAUCGCCUUGUCUUACAGCGCAGACCAUCAGUACACAUCCUUCUUUAAAAUAUUAUUUCAGGGAGAUUUCUGGGACUGUUGGUGAGCCGGGCUUUUUUCCCGACAUCUUAGGGAAGCUGCAGUGGUUGUCGCCACUCUCCGAACUUCAUCAUGAAGCCCAAGGAUGACAAGAAGAAGAAAGAUGCCGGAAAGUCGGCCAAAAAAGACAAAGACCUAGUAAAUAAGUCCGGUGGCAAGGCCAAAAAGAAGAAGUGUUCCAAAGGCAAAGUUCGGGACAAGCUCAACAAUCUAGUCCUGUCUGACAAGGCUACAUACGACAAACUCUGUAAGGAAGUGUCCAACUAUAAACUUAUUACUCCAGCCGUGGUCUCUGAGAGACUGAAAAUUCGCGGUCCCUUGGCCAGGGCAGCUCUUCAAGAGCUGCUUUCAAAGCUGGUUUCAAAGCACAGAGCCCAAGUAAUUUACACCAGAAACACAAAGGGUGGAGAUGCCCCAGCUGCUGGUGAAGAUGCAUGAACAGGUUCAAUCAGCUGUACAUUUGGAAAAAUAAGACUUUAUUAAAUAAAAAAAAUUAUUUCGGCAGCACAGUCCUUUUAACUUUCGUGAUGUCUAAUAAAACCCUAUCCCUAUCCUAGGGAUGGAAUCUCAGACACAGGAGAAGAUAGGGGAGGCUCAUGAACUAUGUUAGCAACACACAUUGUAACCUGAAUGAAGAUGGGGCUGCUUCACAUCUUUCUCUACUCUGUAGCCAAAAAGCAACUGUGAAGUAGCAGUUCUAUUACUAGUGCAUAAUCUGAACCAGUCUUCUCUUAGUCUUUCACAGGAGGCUUGCUUCUGGAGAGGCCAACAAAUGUCCCAACCUUGAAGCCUUGCUCCUUCUUACCCUGAAAUCCCACUUUCUGUCUAAGUUGUUACUCAUCCUCAAAGACUGCUGUCAAAUAGCCCCUCCUUUCCAAGACCUUAGUGUGGGAGCCCUGAAUCAAAGUCCAACACACCCUUCACUCCAAGCCUCCUUUGAUCCCAGUUUCACUUCCCUAAUUUCGGUUACUUGUGGUCAAGUAUACUCUGAAAAAUUACAGAGAAAAAUUCCAGAAAUAAACUAUUUUUAAGUUAUAAACCAUUCAAAGUAGCAUGAGGAAAUAGUGUGUCAUUCAGUUGGAUACAAACCAGGCAUUGGUUCAGUGAAACUACCUGUGUAUUAGUCCACUUGGUAGCUACCCCAGACAUCAUACACAGCCAGACUUGGGAGGGCCCACCUUUUCCAAUCAACUUUUAUUUUAAUAAUGACUCCAGGAAAGGUACGAGUGAGUGAGUAGUGAUGUUAGCAACUCAGAUAUGAAAAGUCUAUGUGAAAGAGAAGCUGUGAAGUUCUUCCUUUAAGGGAAAAGGUGAAUGUUCUCAACCCAUCAGGAAGAAAAUUCUAUGCAGAAGUUGCUAAGUCUAUAAUAACAGUGAGCUUUCAAAUCACGAAAUUGUGAUGAAAAGAGAAACGUAUGCCAGGUUUGUUGUUACACUUCAAACUACAAGUUAUAGCAGCAAAACAUAAGUGCUUGGUUAAGAUGGAAAAGACAUUAAAUCUGCAAGUGUAAGGAGAAAAACCUUGUUUGGACAAUGGUAACAAACUGCACCAGAAGGAAUUCAGGCUUCUGAAAGACAUCAGCAUGGGCUCUCCAGAGGGACCACAGGCCAUUUACUGAAAGUUAGGGUGGUGGUACAGACUCGCAAAUAAGCUUAAACUAAAAAAAUAAAUACCACUGGAGGAAGUGUGCCUGCCAAGGAAGAGGCUAUCGACACAUCUAUAUUGCACCAACAGCACACCUUUUACCAAAUGUAUUCAAGUUCUCAUUAUAUCCAUACUUUAUUAUAUCUUAUUAUAAUAAUUCAAUUUUAUUAUCACCUUAUCACUAUUAAUCUUUUACAUACCUAAUAAGUAAAUAAACAUUUGCCACAGGUAGAAAUGUAUAGUGAAAACCUACUAGAGUACUGGGCUGUAAUUCCCACCAUCUACUAAUGCCCCAAUGUAACGAUCACGUUUUCUAGUAUUUUGUAGAGAAGUUUACAUCCUAAAUUGCUAUUCUUCAACUGGCUUUAAAAAUUGUCUUUUAGUUUACAUAUUACGAAAGGGUUUUAUUUAUAUGCAUUUAUUAGCAUUUAGGUAAUAAUUAUCACAUUGACAAGAGGAAGCACAAGAAAAUAUGGUCACAGAUAUUUCCUCUUCCUUAUUAUCAGCAGCACAGUUAGGACCUGUCUGUGACCUUGGUGUUCAACCACACUCACUGUAACUCCCAUUCAGCCUAUCCUUUGCCUCUGCUCUGUCAUCUGCGUUUCCCCAUUGCUUCUCUCCACCCCUUCCUCACAGCUUCUGUGCUGUGCUUUAUGUGCUCUUCCAUGUCUGGGGCCCGUGGCCCUGUCCUCUCUGCUCCAGCCUGCCUCACAUACUGCACUGGCUCUAGCUCAUGUCGCCUGUCUUCCAGUCAUCGGUACUUCCAACCAACCACACUUACACAUAGGCUAUACUGUAGUUUUUGACCAUUGCCUUUAUAAUAAUAUUUUCCUAUACAGUGUAUGUAAAAUAUUAUGCCCUCAUGGGAAUUUCUCUCUCAGAAACACUUCAGAGUAAUGACUGUGCCAGAAUUGUGUUUUACCCCAUCAGUCAUGAUGUGGGAUGCCCUUCCGUAUCUGUGUUGCUUUUAUUGGUUAAUGAAUAAAGCUGCUUUAGCUAUGGCAGGGCAAAAUAUAGACAGGCUGGAAGAGAUAUACAGAGUAGGCAGAGUCAAAGAGACACCAUGUAGCUGUCGAAGGAGAAGCACCAAGAACCUUUCCGGAAAGUCACAGCCUCAUGGCAAUACACAGAUUAAUAAAAAUGGGUUAAUUCAAGAUGUAAGACCUAGCUAGAAAUAAGUCUGAGUCAUUGGCCAAACAGUGUUGUAAUUAAUAUAGUUUCUGUGUGAUUGUUUGGGUCUGGGCAGAUGGGAAACAAAUGAACAGUCCCCUACUACACAGUCAAAGCAGAGAUAUCUGUGCUAGACAAAAAGAGGUGGAAAGUGGGCAUAGAAAGGACUUCCCGGUUUUUGUUAUGCUUCUACGUUGUUCUGUUGGCAGGAGAAAGCAAGCUUGAAAGAAAACAUGCAGAAAGACAAAACAGGAACUGCAAGAGGAGGAGAGAGAAAAGACACAAGUUAGCAAGGGAGUAUGACAGAUGUAGUAAGUCACAGUUAAUGCCACACACUUUUUAAUAUCAGUCUACAAAUAUGUUCCAGUUCUUUUAUUCCUUUCUGUGGCCACUGUUAAUUGCUUUUCAUUCUCUCAAAACACAGCCUAUGGGAAUGGGGUUCACUGGGGCUCUUUUCCUGUCAUUGGUACUGUACUUUCACAACCCAAGCUCCGAGCCUUGUAGUAGGAGCUGCGGGCUUGCUUUUUGUCCCGCCCGGCUCCCACACGGCUAACUUUACACCAGAAAUAACAACACACAAACUGUAUUCUUUUAAAUACUGCUUGGCCCAUUAGCUCUAGCCCUUACAGGCUAAUUCUGAUAUCCCGAUCAACCCAUCUCUAAUAAACUGUGUAGCACCGGUCUUACCGGGAAAGAUUCAGCAUGUCUGACCUGGCGGCUUGCCCCAACCCUUAACCACCUUCCUUCUCUAGGCCAAUUCUAGGGUUUCUGGAUACUCAUGUGACUCACAUUUCCUCAAAACUCUGCAAUCUGAGGUUGGUCUUCAGUGCUCACCUUUCAAACUACUUACUUGCUUGUCUUCUUACCCCCAAUGUGCUCUGUAGAAAAGUGUUUCUCCCCAGCUCCUAUUACUGUUAUGAGCAUGAAUAAUAACGAUAAUGGCAGCUAGUCAUGUAUGCUUCCUACACACCACAUGCUAAGAGCUUUUUACUUAUUAACACUUAGCUGACAACAAGUCUAAAGGAUAGAAACAAUAAAACGGAGGCACGUAUAACAUAGGUUUGUUUUGCCCUUAUAAAUUAACAAAAGUUUCACUAGACACAUGUCACAUGAGUAGGAUUGAAUUAUGCUGUACAAGGAGACAAUAUUGAUCAUCUGGUACUCUACAAAUGAUAUGUAUAAAUCAUACCAUGAACACAAAAUUGGUAGAGACAAUAUUUGAACUCAGAAGUCUAGUUUCAAAAUCUGAUUCUUGACCAUUAAUCAAUACUACUUCAUAGUAACAGUAAAACUUUAUUGAAUGAACAUUUGAUACAUACCAAACACUUUAACUCUUAAUGUAAGUUUUGAGGAAAGAUGCUAUAAUGAUUACCUUUAAAAAACACAGCAACUGUAAAUGACAAAGCUAAUGAAAACCAUAGUCACGGGGCCAGCAUAUGACGGGGCUUGAAUUCAAACCUAGGUCUCACUCAGUUUUGAAUCAUCUUCCAUACUGCUGUUCAUGCCACAAUGUGACACAUUCUACGAAUGUCCUUGCUUCCUGGUUAACAUGUCAAAUUCCUACCUGGUUUACCAAUUCCAAACUUACUUUCUUCUUAGGCAGAGUCAAGGUCAACCCCUUCGCUUACUCCAACUGUACUUCAGUCUUCCUUUUUUGCUACCCUGAGCUACAUUAUACUUUGUGUUUCUUUGACAAACUGUCGGCAACUUGCUUAUCAAUCUCUUUGUCUUCAGUCUAUAUAUAGUCCCUCUUUGAGAGUUCUCUCUGAAUCCCCCCCUAGCCUCCUUUACCAAGUCUUUUUUUCUUUUUGUAUAAACUGGUCUUUCCCAGGCCAGACAGACAGGUCUCCAACUAUACAAAGGCCAUGAAGCUAGCACCUAUGCAGAACUGGUUGGCAGGCAUUUGUUCAUAGUGCUCAGCUUGUGGUGAACUGACAUGGUCCUGUCCUGACUUUGGCUGUGACCUUCAACAGUAGCUCCUUAUAGAGCCAUUCUUGUUCUCUAGCAUGCAGAUUUUCCUAACCACGUCACAGACCCUCACAUCUCUAAUUCACUGAUUCAUAUUUCAGCUAUGCAUUCUGGACGCCCAAGUAAGUUACCUUGCCUGAGAUACCCCUGAAGAGUAUGCCAAAUCCUAGCAACUAGGAGCUAGGCAUCUCUUACCUUCACCCAAAUAUUCAGAAAUAUUUUAUAUGCAGUAUUUGUUUUUCUUAUGCAAUACAUUUGUAUAUGAAAAUGCUUAUCUGUUCUGCUUUUUCUCACAAAUUAUUACAUGUAACUAUAUACCACAACAUCUAGUUUCUUACCAAGAUCUGCCCCUUCUACUUCAUACAUAUAUUCCACUCUUUUCCAUCAGCUUGGUCUUCUCAGCUAAUGCUGCACUGAUAUCAGUUGUCUACAUACAAAUCAAUCUGUCGACGGACUUUUUAAACAGCCUCUUAAAAUACUAAAGCAUAAGUCCAAACCCCUAUCUUUACAUAACAUACAAGACUCGCUUGGCCUAGUCCCUGAUUUAUUUUACAGCUAGAGGUUUCUUUGCUAGGAAAAAUUUGGCAACACUAAGAGUUUUCUCAACAGAGAAUCACCAAAUGAAUUCAAAAUCAACCAUGUACAUAAUGAAUCCAAGCUGUUUCUGGCAAGCUCACCAUGAGCCUUCACCACAGCCUUGGUUCUGGACACAAAGUAUACAUACUCUGUACUACACAUGUCAUAGCAUGCAGUAUAAACAAACAUGCUGCUUCAGUGACUAAUGCCAGGAUCUGUGGUGUGUUUACUGUACAUAAAAUGCAUUGUGCUCAUAUAUAAACAUAUGGUUCAAUUACAGAAAAGAAAAAUCUUUUAACAUUCUCCUACCAAUACGUCUCAGAUUUAAGUAUCAUAUUAGCAUGUCUUUAGAUUGUAUUAUUAGAAUGUUGGAUUUUUUAAAAGUUUUGUUUAUGUUGCUAACUUAAAUUAUUUUUUUAAAAAUGAAUUUUUUGGCUUGAGAUUAAGGACAGAAUUUCUAACAAUUUCUGAAAUGUCCCCUAAGCAUAUUUCUAUCAUUAUCUCCUAUAUAUUUAUACAAGCUGGCAUUCUUUAGUUUAUUUUUUAUUGAUUGAUUUUAUUGAGUUAUACAUUUUUCUCUGCUCCCCUCCUUUCCUCUCGCCUCCCCAUCAACCCUCUCUUCAUGGUCCCCAUGCUUCCAAUUUACUCAGGAGAUCUUGACUUUUUCUAUUUCCCAUGUAUAUUAAAUCCACAUAUGAUUCUCUUAGGGUCCUCAAUGUUGUCUAGGUUCUCUUGGAUUAUGAUUUGUAGGCUGGUUUUCUUUGUUUCAUGUUUAAAAACUACUUAUGAGUGAGUACAUGUGAUAAUUGUCUUUCUGGGUCUGGGUUACCUCACUCAAUAUGAUGUUUUCUAGCUCCAUCCAUUUGCUUGCAAAUUUCAAGAUGUCAUUAUUAUUUUCUGCUGUGUAGUACUUCAUUAUGUAAAUGUACCACAGGCUGUUUUUAGGUCUGGCUCUGACAAACAACGCUGCUAUGAACAUAGCUGAGCACAUGUCCUUGUGGUACAAUUGAGCAUCCUUUGGGUAUCUACCCAAAAGUGAUAUUGCUGGGUCUUGAGGAAGGUUGUUUCCUAAUUUUCUGAGGAAUUGCCAUACUGAUAUCCAAAGGGGCUGUACCAGAGAAGAUGGCAUUCUUAAUGUUGACAAUUAUAAAAUAAAUCAACUCUGAAAAAUACUUAAAUAUACUAUGAUACUAUUCUACAGUAUUAGUCAACCAAAAUUUAAUUAUGUAAAAGUAUACAAAUACAUAUAUCAUCACUAUUUUCUCAUCAUUAAUAAAUAGUAAAAUUAUAUGUGUACCAAAAAUGGGUGGUGCAGGAGAAUGGUCUGUAUUAUGUCAAUUGUGCUUUAAAUAAACACUGAUUGGCCAGGCAGGAAGUAUAGGUGGAAAAACCAGACAGGAAGUAGAAAUGAUAAAAGGAGAACAGGAGAAUUCUGGGAAGGAGGAAGUUGAUUCCUCCCACUCCUACCCACUCCUGGCAAGACCACUGAAGCAGCAGGAUGUGAUCUUCCCCAGCAGAAAAAGGUACUGAGCCACAUGGCUAACAUAGAUCAGAAAAAUGGAUUAAUCGAGAUGUGAGAGUUGGCCAGUGAGAGGCUAGAGCUAAUGGGCCAAUCAGCUUAUAAUUUAUGGAGACCUAUGUGUGAUUUCCUUUGGGGCUAAAGAGUUGUGGGGUACCAGGCGGGACAAAAACCCCAAUAAGCCAGGCACGUUCGUGUAACAAAUGGCUUUGAAAUGAACUUACGAUUUCUUAUUAGUAAAUAUCCAUUUUGUAUACCUAUCUCAUAUACCUAGAUACCAAAAAGCACUUAAAAUUUUCUUGAGUUAAAAAAAAAAAGUGUUGCCAACAGAAGAGGUUUAAGAAGCUUUGCUGUGAUGCCACACAGAACAUCCCGUUUCCUUCUCAGCAUUACAGGGUCCAUGAUACAGAGCAAGAACUGCACUUGUUUCCCAAGUCAGUUCCUAGGCCUGGCACACUCUAUGUAAACAAGUAUUUAGUGAAGGAAUCCAAGGCUGUUUCCAGCGGGUGGCUCCUUCCAUCUUUCUUUGUUCUUACUUCUUUGUAACGUUUUUAAUUACUCUAUCUAUAUUAAAUCCUGCUGUGACCCAAUUCAGAAAUGUCUAGUAGCCAUCCACUCAAAUCACCAAACUGAAACACCUAGUGAUUUUAUUUGGAAAUUGUUUUUUUAUGUAACAGUCAUGAUGGAAGAAUGAUUCCUAAUGAGUAAUUCGGAUCUCACAGGAGAAAGGACUGGUCCUUUUCUCCGCAUUCAUCACUGAAGUCUGACCACUUUAUCUUCUGUAGCUUAUGUGAGCUCUUCCACUUUAAGGAGUAAUCGCACAUAGUUUUUUCAAAAAUGAACACACACAUACACACACACUGAUCAAAAUUUAAAAGAACUGCUUUUCUUUAAUAUGACUUAGUUGUUUUUAAGUUUAAAAUGAUCUAAAAAAUCUGAAUGUCUCAUCAUUCGUCAUGGUCUUCAAUCAUAGUGACUGAAUUUCCAAGUCAACACCAUAUACAAACAGUUGGAAUCCUUUUUCUGUGCUACUGUUCUUUAAAGGGAUGGCAAAUAAUUUCACGACUGCUAACUUAUGUCACUGUUCAACGCAAAACUUCUCAGUCUAAAUAGUUGUAAAGGGGAAAAAAGUACUCAUUUUUCAAAGAUAGAAAAGAACUGUAUUUCUUUUUCGAAUACUCUAGUAUCUUGAUGAGUGACUCAGCACCUCGAGUGCCUUAGCUUUUCCAUGCUGUGACCUCCUGGAGUUAACUCAUCUGACACCAGAUUUAGGUAAUGAAGGGAAAGUGCUGCUCACCUUUAAACUGCCCAGUGCUCUGAAUACAGCCCUGGAUAUGCAUUUACUCACAGAACCAGGAGAACUAGAGUUCAGCAGAAAGCCAUUUAUUUUAUAUUCCACAUUUUGGCAAGUCUUUUUAAAAUAUAUUUCUAUUUCCUGGUUUAGAACACAUGAAACAAGAAGUAUUUCCUGAAGAUUUGUUCCCAACAGUAUCCUGUUCUAAACAUUCACAACUCACUUUUUAUGACACCUUUCUCAAAUUAAAUUCCUUUUAGGUUUCUGACCCUAAUUCCAGGGCUUCAUACUGAAGACGUGUUUUAAUUCCCUAAAUAAUAUGUGUGGCAUUUGUCUUUUAAAAUACUCUUUUUUUGCAUGGUUAACCAAAAACAAAACAAAAGAAAAACAAAAACUCUCAACUGCAAAGUGAGAACAUAAAGGACACAAGGUUCACUACAACCCAGAGCCCCAGCCUCCUGGCUUCGGAACACAGUGGAAGAAAGCCGGAAGGUACGCCUGCAAGCAUCCUUGAUCACUGAGGCAUCUUCACUAAGCAUUUUUCACUGCUCAGGUUAGGUAAAUCUGCUCCCUCUGCUGGCCAAUUCUGUAUCUCCUAGCUUAUUAUUUGAAGAGAAAAACAAUGUUUCCUAGCAUACUGAGUGACUGUUCCCUGUGCUGCACUCAGGAGCCGUGCAAACUCGGGAGAGACCACAGAAAGCUCCCAGGCAACCCAAAGAAGAGUUAAACUCAAGGAUUUAAAACUGUGCACCACUCUCCCCUUAAGCAAGAUUUUUAGUCUACUGAGAUGACUGCUCCUUGAUUUCUUUCCUUUCUACCUGGAGUAUCCAGUCUCUUUCCAUACUACCAAGAGGCAGUGUGCGCAGGAACCACAGGAGGGCUUGUUCAACUUAGAUACUAAUUUGUCAAGAUCACAAGAGUUCCUGACCUGACAAAUACAACAGGGACCACAGCUGCCAAAGGCUCUAACUGAUGGUGACUUCGUCAAAGAUAGAUAUAAUCGAUAAUUAGGUCAUUUUCUGACACAUUUUAGAAACUUUUAAUUUUAAUAAAGUACCUUAUAAUUGGAAAUUUGAGUGCCUUUCAUUAAGUUCCAAAUAUAUUUUAUAAUAUGUAAAAACUGCCAUUGACACCUCCAGUUGCUGCUUUACCUGUUACCUUGUAUUCUUGUAGCGCUAUGUAAUCUGUAAAACCUUUAUUAUAUUCAUUUAUGUAUGUCCAUAUCAUGACUCAAUUCUGCAAAGUAGGAAAAAACAUAACUACUUUAAAGUCCAGUGAAAGAAGCAUACAGAGAUUUUUAGUAUCUUUCAGAUGCCACUGACUGUCAUAGCCUUAAAUGCUCUGCACUUUCAACCACAAACACAGGUAGUGUCUUACAUCUAAAUUGUCGUGGACUGUAGUAUUUAAACAAUGUUUACUUUGUAAAGAAAACUAUCACCAUUUCAAAGAGCUUUUGGGGGAUCAUUUCAUUAGUAUCUAUCAGUACUUAAGAGAAUCACCAACAUCCAUCACAUAGAUUUAGCCUUCUGAACACACUGGGGGAGGAGAAGGACUCAAGAAUGGAGAG